AUACACAAAGUAAUGGCUGAUAGCGAUAAGAGAGUGCAGAAGUUAUUGAUUAGGCUCAAUGCUAAGCACCACAAAGCAAAUUCACAUGAUUUUGCCUUCACUCCAAGCAAUUCCAAUAGAAAUAGCCUGUUCAAAAAGGACCUUGCAAGCCGAAGGAGAAUAGCUCUUAAUAAAUUUGAAGAUGUAUUGAGACGUAAUGAAGAAACAUUAGGCAAGCUACACAACGGGACUCCUAAAGUAGCAAGGAGAGUGAUCAAGAACAAACGAGACAUUUUUAUCAACUCUAAGAAGAAAGUAGUGUCUCAUGACGAGCCUCCUCUACCUCCAAUAUUGUCACAGUCAAGGUCAACACAGGAGUCCUUAAGGUUCAAGAAUUCUUUGAUUCCUAAGUCAAACAAAGUGAUUCCAAUGCUUGCAAAUUUCUCUGAAAUGUUUAACAUGAAGCGGAUCCAAAUCCGGGAUAAAAGAAGAAAAGGGGUGGUAUUUAACAACUCUCUUAGCACAAAGCUUGAGAAUUUAAUAGUCCCUGCUAAAAGAACUACAGUCACUCCCGUUAGGAAAGCUUUGGAUAUUGCAAGAGAAGUUCUAGAAGACGUGAAAGAGAGUCAGAACAAGCUUAAGAAAUAUAUUCAGAGACCUAAGGAAGACGUAGAAAGGCCUGAUGUCUCUGGAAUUACUAAGAAAAUUAGGAUUUUAAGAAAGAAGAAGACGCAAGAUGGCCACCAUUGAUUUUCUAAAGUUUUACUACAAUUCAGAAAGAAGCAAAACUCUCAAAAACAGCUAAAUCCCCCCUAUCUAAACCUAGGCCAAGAACGAUCCCUGCCACUUCUAUAAUAAUCUCCAAUUUCAACCAUAAA